UUCAGAAUCAUAUCAACCGACUAAUCAGUAUGCACGUCAUCGUGAUUCACCACAGGGACAGAACAGUGGCCCGAAAGUAGAGUACUAGACUUCAUGCGAAGAAAUGGUAGCGCAAGUUGUGCACGUGAAUCUUAACCUUACCGAUUUUAGGGCUAACCUAUUCUCUGUGAAACACUUCGUAUAUGGAAAAGGCAUCAGUAAUUUUUGGCAUUGUUCCUUUCCAACCAUCCCGACGAUAGUUAAAACUCUUUCCAUUUUAAUCCGUCUCAAUCAAUGUAGGUCCUGGAGAAGGCACAGGCCUUUGAAGAGGUUGAAGGAGUCUGGCAGUAUGCCUACAUCACCAUUGUCUAUCGUAUCGAAAAUGAUCUUUAUCAUGGGAUCUCGAAAAAUCGACAGCAUUUUCACGAGCCACAAUCUGUUAAACUGGAAGAGCUCGUCAGUUCGACACUGAUACCUAGAGAAAUCUAAUGGCCCAUCUUUUCAUCACAUUUCACGCAAGCUCUCGCUUCGCCGUCUGCUACCCUCUACGUUAAGCGUCCAAGUCUGCUAUCUUAUGAUUACCUUCAACUUCACGGCAAACCUGCAAAGAUCGGCGAGCGGGUUCUUGCAGAGGUUGAAGUAGGCAAAAUCCUUUGAUUAAACCCGCAUCCAAAUAUCGCUAAAUACCUCGGGUGCCUUGUUCAUGAAGGACGUAUCACUGGGAGCUGCUGGACCAAAUAUCAUAACGGUCUCAUGGAUAUUGUGAAUCCAGGGCACCACAUGAAACGCCGUGUCAUCUGCAACGGUCACCUAUUGAAGGACCGGGACGUAUGGUUGAAUGGUAUUGAGAAAGGUAUUCGACAUCUGCAUUCAUUAGGUCUCGUUCAUAACGACAUUAAUCUUGCCAAUAUUAUGUUUGAUGAUACUGGCACUCCAAUUAUCAUCGACUACGAUUCUUACAGAUCAAUAGGCCAGGAUUUGAAAGGAGCUGGGCGGAUAUACGAAUAGUAUGAUGAGAAUGUUCAGAAAAGUUUACCAAGUAAUGAUCCAAACGCUUUGGAUGAAAUACGAGUAUGGUUAAGCAGAGCUCUCACAAGAAACUUCAAGUUCGGAGAAUGAUGAAAGAGUAUUGAGGAUAGGACACCUGGUUUUAUUGGGAUUCCAUCAAUAUCAUGCCUGCCAAUGUGUUCUUGACUAAAUUACUACCACAGGACCCAAGAUUUUUAGGGUUCUGCGAUAUACCUAAAGAGAACAAUUUGUAAUAACCACCCCCAAUAUCAAACGACUGUAACCUGAUUUUUCAGUCAGUACAAGUCUCGCUUUUGUUUGAUAAGGGAGUGCAUACCAUUUCAAUACGAAAUUGGCUUAGGCUUAGGCUUAGACUUGACAUACGAGCCAAAGCUGAUGCAAUCUUUGCUGCCACAACCGCCUUGUUUCUCUUGACGGCCUGAGUAUUUCUCGGGUUUGAAGAUACAAGCAUCAACUAGCCGAUGAUAGUGCUAUUGAAAUCAAGGACCACCAUCUUAUACACAUGUGAGAAGCGAUCAACAAUACUUGUAAUAAUUACCUGGGAAUAAUAAAAGGCACUGCGAUUU